AGGAAGCAGAAGACGCGAUGGGGAACGACUAAUCCAGCACUUCAACUGAUCACUACUACAUGAGAAAUUACGGGUUAUUGGACAGCAACGAUUUUUUUCCCACGGAAAAAAUGCGUGUCGAACAUCAUAAAUUACAUUUACAAUUCGGUGUCAGCAUAGCAGAUGUAACGUUAGCCGUGGCAGCUAGCGUUAACAUGCCCACACAACUGUGAAAGUUACAGUUAGCUAAUGUUGCUAGCUACACUGUGUAACUUAGUGUGUAGUUAACUUGUCUAGAUACAGCAUUGCGUCGUUAUCAGUGUGCCGAACGUCGGUCGUAAAAUCAUAUUUUACCCACCUCACCGAUUAACUGUCCUGUCUGUUGGGUAAACUACCUUCAAACUUUGCUUUUCAAAAAUGGCAAGCACUGUGUUGGAAGUCGGAACGGGCGUUUUCAUCAUUGCGGUCGUUUGGAUUGCAGCUCUUGUGUUUGGGAUGAUGCUGCUGAGAGCUUCUGGAUCAGCAAAGUUGGGCGUUAUCCCCAUUUUCUUACUGGCUCUCACCAUCACUUUAGUGCUGGUGUUUUUCCCUCGCAGCCCAGAGACAACUCCCCCAUUCAAAGAGAUAGAGAUUGUGGACACUUUGUUCAUCGGCCGCUACGUACUGCUGGCAGUGGUGAGUGCAGUCUUUCUGGUGGUGUUCUUCAUGCUGCUCCCUUUUCAUUUCCUGGAGCCAGUGUAUGCCAAGGCCUUAAGAACACACUAGAGCUGCCAGGGUCAGAGCUGGCACUGGGAUCACAUCGCUGAUGUACACAACUUAAGACAAGCAGGGCCGACAAGAGGCCCCCCCUUCAUAUGGAAGCAGGCCACAGAGUGCAUCCCAAACAGAAACAGCAGGAGAGCCAGUGUUUUCUUCAUGGCCAACUGUUUGCAGGUUGUUGACUGUUUAUGUACAACUGAUAGAUAUGUGUUGUCCAACAGCACCCAGGGUGUUUUAUGUACAUUUUGUAUCAGUGAAUACAUGAGAUGAUUAAAUAUUUUUUUUAUUUAUACUACAGAACUGAAACACUCCCGUCACCUUUUAUAAAUAAAUGAAAUAUUCACAAUGCCACAGUGCUUUUGUUAAGUUACUGUACAGUGUUAAUGACACUAAAUGACACAUUUAGGAUGAGCCGGUGCACUCAGCUAAAAUUCAUUUCAAUUCAUCAUGCAUCUUAAAUGAUGUCCCAUUUACAGUACAGGUGGCUGAAGCCUGGAUAUUGCAUUUGUGGCUCUUAAACUUAAAAAAAAAAAAAAAGCCAGUGUUAAUAUAGUAAAGACUUUUGUGGGGAUUGGAGGGAUUUUUUUCAAAUUUGGCACAAACAUCCACUUGGGCUCAACAAUUAACUGAUUUGUUUUUGGGGCUCAAAGGUAAAGGUCACUGUGACCUUGUCCAUGUUAUUCUUGUGAAGGUGAUAUUUUAAGGAUGCCUUGAGGGAGUGUCUUCGAAUUUGGCAAAAACAUCCACUCAGACUUGAGGAAGAAUUGAUCAGAUUUUGGUGGUAAAGGGUCAAAGGUCAGGUCUGUGUGACCUUAUUUGUGUCAUUCUUGUGAACGUGAUAUCUCAAAACCACCUUGAGGGAAUUUCUUCAAAUUUGCCACAAAUGUCCACUUGGGCUCAACAAUGAAGUGAUUGGACUUCAGUGGUCAAAUGUCAUGGUCAGUGUGACCUUGCAUCUGUCUUAUUCUCGUGAAAACGAUAUCUCAAGAACACCUCAAGGGAAUUUCUUAAUAUUUGACACAAACUUCCAGUCAAACUGAAGAAUAAACUGAUUCGAAUUUUGUGGUCAAAGGUGAAGUGUGAUUGUCAGUGUGACCUUACAAAAUAUGUUUUUGGCCAUAACUCAAGAAUUCAUAUGCAAAUUAUGACAAAACUAAAUACAAAUGUCUAUUAGGGUAAAAUAAUGAAGUGAUAACAUUUUAUAUCCAAAAGGUCAAAGGUCAACUUCAAUGUGACAUCAUAAUGGUCUACAAAAACACUUUCCUGGCCAUUAUUCAGUGUCAUUUCUCAGGAACAGAGGGGGAGACAUUUGGUCAGAUACUGAAUUGAUGACACUAAUCUUGGGUGUCCACCUUUAAACUGUGCUGAUUGUACAGGUCAUCUGUGCUGUUGGGGGGAAGAUGUGUGUGAAGCAUCCCUGUUGUCACAGACAUGCAUGUAAACUGUAAGAGAAACGUAACUGGUGCAUGGAGGCAUACAACUGCAAGGCGGUAAUUCUUGUUUUUAAUUUAUUAUAGAUAAUUUGAAUCAUGCCAAUAAAAUGUACAACUUUAUUUUUUGAUAACUUCAUCACAGUCAUUGAUUAUUUUAACUUUUUCCUGAAGUAGCGUGACAGCAGAAAUGUUAGUAACCUCACACAAACAAAAACAUGACACAGAAAGCAAUGACAUUUAUUGUUUCAUUAAUGCAUAUGACUGAACAAAUGCAAGAUGUGCUACUCAUUUUAGAUGACAAGUAGUUUUUUGUUCUGUACAGACAUGGUCAAAAUUCAAAUUGCAAAUUUUGCAUUUGUUUCUGGGUAGCAACAGAUAUUUUAGAAACACUUAUAUUGAAUUUGAUGGUUAAACAACCAGCUGAAACUAGACUGACUAGUUUUGACAUUGUCACGCCAACAUGGAGAGACAACUGUGCCCACCACAUUACGUAGGAGUGAGCACAUCCUCAUCUUUUAAUAAACAGAAUGGAUAAAAAGGUAGGUAAGACGAAAAAUAU